UCUUUCAGCAAUUUUACAAGUUCUAAUUUUUACGCAGAAACUAAAAAAACAACAGACCCAUAAUGUAAACGUUAGUGUUCUGUGCUCACGAGUUUUGUUUUAAAAGUGUGAAUGCGUUGUGAUCAGUUACAGUCGGAGAACCUCUUUAGAGAGAAGCAAAACCACAGAAGAUCCUUCUACGCCCCUCCUCCUCUUAUACUGGCACUGGCAGCUAUACUUCACAUUAUCGUUUAUCUUUUCAAUGAAGAUCAAGGGAGGACAUACAUUCAACGACGAUUUUGUGCGAGAUUAACCCAUGAGACUCUCAAAGCCCGAGCAUGAACCAGGGGAGCGGUGCUUGUUUGUGGACCUCUGUGCCUCAGCACUGCCCUGCACCAUGUGAUCGUUACAAGCAUGCAUCUUGUGCCCACAGAGGCCAUGUUUACGUAUUAGGUGGGAGAGAAAAAUGCUCACUGAGAGAUUUCUGGAAAUAUAAUGUGGUCUGUGACAAGUGGGCUGAGCUUCCUUGUGAUAGUGAAGAAGCACCUGAAGAACUGGAGGAGCACACAAUGGUAGCAUAUCAGGGAUUUCUGUAUGUCUUCGGAGGAAUGCAAGAUUCAUCAUAUACUAACUCAAAAACACCUCUUUGGGUGUUUGAUACAGUUAAAGAGUGCUGGAUUAACUGGAAUACAGGAAGUGAAGCUUUACAGGGAGUGACACCAGCAAACAGAAAAGGGCACAGUGCUGUUAUCUUUGGGUCAUCUAUGUAUGUCUACGGUGGAUACAUUGAUAUAAAAGGAUCAACAAAGGAAUUCUGGAAAUUUAAUUUUGAUUCCAGGAUGUGGUCGCUGCUAAGCAGUGUAAAAGGUGGGCCUGGUCCCAGACAUGGUCACUCAGCUAUGACAUACCAGGACUCCAUGUACCUUUUCGGUGGCCUGCAGGGCUUGAAGGAACAGAAGGACCUGUGGAGCUGGAGUUCUGCCAGCCAAACCUGGAGCUGCAUCAAAUUCCAUUCAGGUCCUUCCAGGCUGGUUGGUCACACGGCUGUAUUUUUUAAGGACAGCAUGCUCAUCUUUGGUGGUGGGGAAACCCAGAGCUCUCCUCAGAGCAGCUUGUGGAAGUUCAACCUGGAAACACAAACCUGGAAGAAGCUAGCAUUGUUACCUGGAUCCCCCUCUCUGUGCCGGAUCCAUCACUGCAGCAUUGGCCUAGGCCAGAGUUUCCAGCCAACAGCCCCAAACAGUAUCUAUUUAGAAAUACCCAACUCUCACAAGAUCAAUAACAAGCUAAGACCAUUUAAGAACAAGUGCCAACCAUCCUGUCCCACUUUGCAGGAACCCUGUAUUGAGCUUCAGACUUUCCACAAUGACAAUAAAAAGUAUUUAACAGAUUUUAGUAUUGCACUGAAAGACACUAAGCUGAAAGGAAGCUGUCUCACCUUUGAGAACCAGGAGGCUAUUAGCGGGAAGCGGAAUAGUGGUGAUCUGGGAGAGGAAACAGAGGAUGACAUGUUUCUCCAUAUGCCUGAUUUGCUGUUGGUCUUGGGUGGUAAACCUCUGCAAGGACAGCAUAUGAUUUCAGUGUGGCAUAUGACAAUGGCAUAAUCUGUUGUUUUUAGUGCAUUCUACUUUCUCUGUGAGAAAUUAAUGGGCCUUCAUAAUACAUAGCUAUAUCCUGUGGGAGAACAAUUAAAUUCAGUCAUGUACAAACUUUUUACCUUGUCUGUAAUUAUUACCUCGACUGAAACCCCAUUUACUCUGAAAAGGGCUUUUAUCUUCUACAGAAUAUGUCAUUUGUUUCUGUAAAUGUGGUACUUAAUACUGUAUAUGCUGGUUAACAUUAUUUUACUAUGUAUCACAAUUUUAUAUUAAAAAGUCUUCACUAAGUGUGAAAUACGGGUCAAAACUGUUCAUGUGA